GCUCGAACUUUUCCAAAAUACUUUCGCAAUUCUCAAACACCGUCAACGUAUUUGUAUCCGAGAAAGAACGCAAUUGAAAGACCAACCCUAUAUCCGUUAACGGGUCAAACCCGAAUUAAGUAUCCAAUAUUCUUCUCAAAGCUCAGACGAUACUACAACGCUCAUCGGAACCGCCGCCCUCCGCCGUGCAUCCCGAAACUCCGAAUCAUCCGGCGAUGGAGAGAGAGAUCCUCCUCCAAUUGGGGAUCCUAAUUUUCAGCCUAGGCAUCUUCUACGUUCUCCACAGCCUCCCGAAGCGGGUCUUCACCAAGCUCCGAUCCAAAACCCGACCCAACAACCAGGCCCACCGCCACUUCAUCCUCGGAGCCCAGCUCCUAUCCCGAGCCCGAUCCACCAAGACCAAAUCCACCGCCUUCAACCUGGCCAAAUCCGCCGCCGACGAGGCCGACAAGGCCUUAGCCCUCGAGCCCAGAGAUCCCGCCGCCCACAUACUCAAGGCCAUGGCCCAGGGGCUGAUGGGCCACAAGACCGCCGCCGUGAAGUCGCUGGAUACGGCGCUUUCGCCGCCGGCGGUGAAGAUGCUGUCCGGGACGGAAAAGGGAGACGCUCUGUUUAAAAGGGCCGAGUUGCAGUUCGAGAUGAACCGGAAGAGGCGGGUCGACUCGGCGAUUUCGGACCUGGUCGAAGCGGUCGGGCUUAACCCGGAUAAUUGUAAAGCGUUUUGCUUGUUGGGCCGGUGUUAUGAAAUUAAGGGGCUGAAAGAAGACGCAAUGAAUGCUUUUGCGGCGGCGCUGAAAAUUGAACCCGGUUUUGUGGAGGCCCGUGACGGUUUGGGCCGAGUCGGCCCAUAAUUUGUGUUUUUUUUUUCUUUUUUUGAGUUAUCACCUCUACCUUGGAAUAACUUUUGUAACUUUUGAAAUUUAUGAUUUUUCUUUUUAGUGUUUAGAGUUUUGUAGUCGCUACACCCGGUUACAUACACUGAUGAUUUUAAACUAUAAAUUUACACAUUAUUACAAACA